AUGGUAGACAACUUUAGCAGAUACAAAUAUGGUUUACAUGCACAGUUGAUGACUUCAGCAGUUCUGAAUCCGUUAGAUGCGAUUUGCCACAAGCCCAGAGAAGACGCCAUUUGCGUCAGUCAACUGCGAAAUGCGAAAAAAGUUGACGAAGCCAUCCUGCAAGAGCGUCCCGAUGUGAAAAUAUUCCUUCCGUUCAGAUUUUUGUUCUGGAAGCCCCAAGACUUGUUCAGACCCAAUACGUACAACAGAUUCUUGGCUGCCACUGGCGGUGACCACGUUAUCAGCUUGAUCGACGAAAUCUCCUUCAGAUUUCCUCCAUCUCCUCCACUGUCUCAAAUUGACGAUCUUCCUCAGGAGCUGUUUUGCAAUGGAGACAACCGACCAGCCGAUUGUGGACCAAAUUGCGAAUGUGUGCAUCAGGUUGAUAUCCCACUGAAUGCCAUUGUAGAAGUGGUUUUGGUAGAUGAAGUUCAGUCCCCAAAUCUAAGUCAUCCAUUCCAUUUGCAUGGCUACUCGUUUAAUGUGGUGGGAAUUGGAAGGUCUCCCGAUCAGAAUGUGAAGAAAAUCAACUUGAAACAUGCUCUGGACCUAGAUAGGCGAGGACUUUUGCAUAGAGAGUUCAACUUGCCACCAUCCAAAGACACUAUAGCUGUGCCAAAUAACGGAUAUGUUAUUUUUAGAUUUAGGGCCGAUAAUCCAGGUUACUGGAUUUUCCACUGUCAUUUCCUGUUCCACAUAGUAAUUGGAAUGGAUCUUCUAUUCCACGUCGGCACCCAGCAUGAUUUGCCUCCAGUUCCGCCCAAUUUUCCCAAAUGUGGGCAUCAUUUGCCACCCAUCACGUUUGAUAGCGGGUACCACUGA